UUUAAAUAACAUUCCUGGGGAAAUCCAAUCACUUAAAACUGAGACACCUACGCCAGCAAGAGCCCCCCGCCCGAGCGGCGGGGAAGAGCGCGACGGCUGAAUUAAUCGAGAUCAGGGGGCUCCCGGGCUCAGAGCGGAGCGUUAACCCUUCCAGCCCCGGAGGGUGGCAAGGGGGGCUUGGAAGAGUGCGGCCGGCGGGGCGAAAAUGCCCACGGCAGUCACGGACAGGCUGCCUCUGCCAUCUUGGGCGGCUCCGAGAGCCCUGAGGCGGGCCGGGGCGGCUGGACGCGCGGGGUUAAGGUCAGAAACUCAGGAGGCCGCUCCCGCUGCGAGAAGUGGCCGCCUCCCGCAGCCUGGGCGCGCCUCGGGCUCCUCCUUCCGCCCAAGCGUGGCCAAGUGAGGACUGCUCCGGCCGCAGGUAGCGGAGGCGCGGGAGGCGGCGCGCGGGACCCAGCGCAGCGCCCGGGGAGGGGCCGACGGACACGCGGACAGACGGAUCCCCCCACCCCCCUCCCCGGACAUUAGCGACGGUCUGCGCCGGCCAUGUGGGGACCCGGGGUCACAGCGGAGGGCCUGCCGGUGGCGCCGGCACCGCCGCCGCUGCUGCCGCUGCUGCUACUGCUGGCGCUGGCGCUGGUGGCGCCCUCGCGGGGCGGCGGGGGCUGCGCGGAGCUGGCGUGUGGCGAGCGGGAGCGCUGCUGCGACGCGGCCAACGCCACAGCGGUGCGCUGCUGCAAGCUGCCGCUGCACGCCUUCCUAGACAACGUGGGCUGGUUCGUCCGCAAGCUCUCUGGGCUGCUUAUCCUGCUAGUGCUCUUCGCCAUCGGCUACUUCCUGCAGCGCAUCAUCUGCCCCAGCCCACGCAGGUACCCGCGAGGCCAGGCGCGGCCAGGGCAGGCACGGCCCGGACCGCCGGGGGGCGCAGGGCCGCCGGGGGCCGCGGGGCCGCCCGACGACGACGACGACUCGCCCGCGCUACUGCGCGACGAGGCGGCCGCCGGCUCUCAGGACUCGCUGCUGGACAGUGGCGGCGGGGGCCGAGGCCGGGGAGGCGGCGGGCGCUCGGCCCCCUCCUGCGCCUCGGAGCACGAGCUUCGCGUAGUCUCGCCGGUCUUCCUGCAGCUGCCCAGCUACGAGGAGGUCAAGUACCUGCCCACCUACGAGGAGUCCAUGCGGCUGCAGCAGCUCAGCCCCGGGGAGGUCGUGCUGCCCGUGUCGGUGCUUGGCCGCCCGCGAGGCGGCGGCGCCGGGGAGUCCGACGGCGGCGAGGGCCGCUUCCCGCUCAUCUGAGCGUCUGUGGCCGCUCGAGGACCGCGCGGACCGAACGGGGCUAGGGGGGCUGCGGGUGGGACGCGACGACCGAGGUGGCCGCUGCCACCGCCGACUGCCUCAGACCCCGCCUGGCACCCGGGCCGAAUCGCCUGUCGCCUGGGUUGGAGUCACCCCCACUCCCGCUUGCCCCGGUAUCUUAAGUUUCCCUACGUUUCAUUCGGUUCAAGGAAACGUUAGGCUCGCACGGCGGGGGCGACAGAAGCGGACGAGGCUGGAGCGCAACUUCGAAGGACGUCCCCGCCCUCAGCCUCUCCUCAGACCUGUGUUCACUCGUCACGGUCUCCCAAGAUGGGCGGAGGGCGAGGAGCCGUAGGGGCGAGCGGCGACUGGAGACUGCUGCGCGCGGUCGGGGAGAGCAGCGUCUAGGUAUGAUUGAAUCCCUCCCUCCCUUGCGGAGAACCCAAAAUCCCCCCCUUGGUAUCUUCCUGGCCAAGCAUAGUCACCGCUGAUGGCUCACAAUACGGGGAGGGAUACUCGUGAUAUCCAGUUAGGUGCUGUACCUAUUGAAGACACACAGGAAUUAGGUGUAUCGAAGAUCGUAUUCCUAAUAAGGUACAGUUGGACUUCUGAUUUCUCAAUAACUGAGAAGAUAUUUUUAUUUAUUUGUCUUUUAUUUUUCUAUUUUUGCCAUGUAUUGAACGUAUCAGGAGUGUAUUUGUGCAAUUAAUGACAAGAUAAUCGUCUUUUCUUCUUUAUGGCCCUCUUCCCCUUAAUGGUCUGGGAAUUGUCUGUCAUUGUUUAACAAAAUAUUGGACAUGAUUUCAUUUACAAUGGGGGAAAAAAGAGGCAUGGUCAAAGAAGAAAACAGAUGUGACCUAAAACACAUGAAGGAUAUCUUAUUUUCACUAUUUGAGAAGAAUAUAUUUUAUUUUUAGUACUGUGGCAUAAUAUACAACAUUUUGUAAUAAGCAUAGAUUGUGUAGUCUAGGUCUUAAUUGUAUCACUCACCACAUAGUUGUAUGUAGAAAUGAUUGAUGCAUAAUAUGUCAUACCAUGGCAUGAAGCAUGAUGUCAUAUGCUUUUCCCUUUAUUUUGAAGUACCUUCCACAACAUGACACAAAACAUAAGAACUUGUGACUUCUCUUUAAAGCCAUAAUUGUGCAAGUAAUGUACUACAGAAGGAUUUAGUCAACAUAUCCUAAGAAAAAAAUGAAUGUCAUUGUAUCAGCUCUACCAUUCUAUGAAAUGUCCUUUAAGCAAAUGGUAAUAUAAAAUAUUAAAACGCAUUAUGUAUAAUGUACAUAUACACAGUCUAUGUACACAUAUACAUAUUGUAUACCAUAUAAUUACUAUAGUUUAUGACCACCAGGAAAGGAAAAGGAAAACAAAUGUUUCUCUGCUUGGAGAAGGAUGAGAGUUAUAUUAAGAUUUUAUAUGUGUGAACCUUACAUAUAUAUGUAUCUAGAAACAUUGUUCUUAUGAUUGAAAAAAGGUUGACAAUCCUGAGAUUGUAUUAGAGGAAACUGAUUUGAUUAAUUUGAGAAGUGAUUUGUGAAAUUAAUUUGAGAAAAUGACUUAAACUUUUAAAUGCUAAUAGAAAAAGUCUGACAGUUCUAAGAAGUCUGAAUUGUAACAGAAGAGAAUGGUUUACUCUAAGCUGCUAAAAGCUAAUGAUCCUGUCAUUAAAAUCAUUUGAAGUAUUAUUAAAAUACAGAAAAACAUUAAAGUCUUUCUCUGUGCAAACU